AUGCGGGCCCCCGCGGCGCUGUGGGCGCUGGUGCGGGCGCGGCUGCCCCCGAGCGAGCGGCCGGCGGCGCGGAUGCUGCUGGGGCCGGAGGGGCUGGAGCGCUGCGCCGAGCUCCGCGCCGAGGCCGAGACCCUGCACGGGCUGUGGCAGGAGCUGCGCGCCGCCCGCCGCCCCGACCGGCACCGGGAGCGGGACGGGGACGGGGACGGGGACGGCCCGCCGGGUGCCGGCGCUGCCCGCGCGCUGCUGGGCGCCCCCGGGCCCCUCAAGGAGCUGCUGCGGGACGAGCUGCGGGCGCUGCUGCUCCGCCUCCGGCGCCGGGCGGCCCGGGGGGGCAGGGACCCCGACGAGGCCAUCGCCAAGUACGGCCCCCGCGUGCUGCGCUUUGCCUGGGGGGACGCAGGCGGCUGCCCCGUGCCCAACGGCGCCAGCCCGGGCCCCAGCCUGGCCCAGCGCCUGGAGCCCCUCUGCGACCAUCUGAGCAUCGCCCGCCUGCCCGAAGUGCUGCCCCAGCUCCGGGCACUGCUGGCGGAGGAGCACCGCGCCCUGGAGGAGCUGGUCGCCCACCUCCAGCGCUGCCUGGAGGAUGAGCACCGCGCUGCCACAGGGAGCCCGGAGCCAGAGCCGGAGCCCACAAUGGCGGAGCUGCAGGAGCAGCGCAGAGCCAUGGAGCGGGACCUGCAGCAGGGCCAGCCCGCGCCUGCACACAGCCACGGCCACCGCCACACCUGGGGGGCAAAGCCCAGCAUGACCCCAGCUCCCCCAACACCACCCAGGUAA